AUGGCAGCCUAUGGUCAGCCGAUGUCCGGCCACUUCGGUGUAGCCCCGCCUUCGCCUUACGCUGCACCUUCAGCGGGUCGUCACUUCGCAGCUGCAGCGGCAGCAGCAGCAGCUGUGUUGGGCAGCUGCUUCUAUCCAACUCGCUCUCCACCUGAAGCUGCAGUCUUCUCACCACCACCACCACCGCCUCCUCCAGCAGCAGUGACAUCGGGGCCCUCUGCUGUCCCCCCGUCCCUUUCCACCCCUGGCACCGGCACUUCCUCCGGUACUACUCUCUCGGCACCCGCUACGCCAGCUGCUCAACAUUCCUCUGCAUCUUCCGCCUCCGCUAGCGCUGCUGCUGCGGCUGCCGCCACUGCUGCCUCUGCCACCGCUGCUGCCGCCGCUGCUGCGUUGCUCUCCAGCCCUCUGGCUGCUGUUGCGGCUGCCUCUUCACCGUCCUUCACCCCCAACAUCUUCAAUCACGUUCCGCCACACAACCGACAAGCAGCAGCAGUGCAUUUCCUCUCCAGUCUCACCGCAGCUGCGGCAGCGUCGUCAGCAGCCUCCUCCUCCGCCAGUUCGCCCCUCCCACCCCCAUCCGCGCCGGUGGCACCGACAGCUGCGGCCGCCGCCCCGCCGCCACCUCCACCACAGGCCUCGCCCUUCGCCGCAGCUUUGCAUCACUCCCUCGCCGUCGCCACCAAUGGAGCCAGCGAGAAAAUGGACGCGAGCAGUCCACAUGCCACCGCGCUCUCCCUUCUCGCCCUCUCACCUGCCUCGCCUGCUGCAGCUGCUGUUGCUGCUGCCUAUUGUCAAUCAAAGACGGGUAUGCAGUUCGGGUCCUCGAUGCUAGCUGCAGGAGAGGCUCAGGCCGCUGGCUCUCCGCUAACCUACACACAGCUUCAACCAGCUUCACAACAGCAUGUCCCACCUAAGGACAGUAGCAAUGUGGGUGGAGACUACGGAGCAGACUCAAGAGCUUCGCGAUACCUUGUGGAUGCUGGAUCGUCGAAGAGAUGCACCAACAAUCGAUCCUCCAGUUCACUCAGUGGCGCUGGAGACAAGCAUUCGCCCUCUCGAAAACUCAUGCGCAUUGGAUCGGCCGGCAGUGGGGGUUCGCCACUUUCUGCAGCAGCCUCAUCGCUAGACCAAUGCUGUUCACCCGGUUCUCCACACACCACGGGUAAUGCUAGUUCACCUUCUAAAGCAACGCAAUCCACUUCUGCUUCAAUCUCAUCUCCAGGGCUGACGAUUAACGCCGCUACAUUAGCGCAGUAUCGCCGUGAAAUCACUACAGAGAACAGCGGAACAGGGGUGCCCACAAAACGGGUGCACAUCAAGAAACCAUUGAAUGCUUUCAUGCUCUUUAUGAAGGAGAUGAGGCCCAAGAUUCAGGAGGAGUGCACAUUAAAGGAGUCUGCAGCGAUCAAUCAGAUUCUGGGCAAAAAGUGGCAUGAAUUGUCAAAGCCGGAGCAAUCAAAGUACUACGAGCUGGCGCGAAAGGAGAAGGAAAUUCACCGCCAGCUCUUCCCUGGUUGGUCUGCUCGCGACAACUAUGCAAUUCAUUCGAAACGCAAACGCAAGCGAAAACUCGCUGCUGCUGUGGCUGCCGCCUCGGCCAUGAACGCGGGUGCAGGUGGAGAGGGUGGUGCGGGCUGUCGAGACCUAUACGAUGGAGACGGCUACUUUGGUGGAGGCAGUGGCGGGAGCGGUGGCUGUGGUGGUGGCUGUGGCGGUAGCACCUCUCUCAACGUCUCCACUUCCGCCGCCGCUCUUGCCGCUGCUGCAGCUGCAGCCGCAGCUGGUGUCGACCUGGGAAACCCCAAAAAGUGCCGAGCCCGUUUUGGGCUUGAGCAGCAGACCCGGUGGUGCAAGCCCUGUCGGCGAAAGAAGAAGUGCGUGCGAUUUCUCACCGACGCCGAGUACGACGAAGCUCUAAAGGCCGGCAAGUUGCAGUCGGAGCCGUCUUCACCGCAACAAGUUGCAAAACACCAUCGACCCUCCGCCUCAUUUGGAUCGGUUCAGCUAUCUCAAACUACCACUGCUGGCAGUAACACGGAGGUGGAGGAGGAAGAUGACAUGAAAAACGAGACGCUGUGUGUCUUUGCUACAGAGGCGUCUCCCGCAGGCAGUUGUCACCAUAAUAAUGGCACGGGAACUGGGGAGGAGGAUGAAGAGGACGAGGAGGGGGAUAAUUUCCCGCACAUAAAACAGGAACCCAGUCCACUGAAUGGUAUGUUCCCGGUGGUCACUGCUGUGGCGGUGGCUGCAGCAGCAAAGGUGGUAGAGGAACGAUCGGCCGUCAAUAUUGCCACCACCACCACCCCCACGACACCAUCUACUCCCAUUCCCACUGCUGAAAAGAGGCCAAUCAUCUUCUCAGCAGCCGCAUUGAGUCGGUGUGAAGAUCCCAUCUCCUCCAGUACCGCUGUGGAGACUGGCACAACAGCCUCGUAG